AUGAAGCGGGAGGCGGCGCCGGCGGCACCACCUGGCCGCGCCGGAGCGGCAGAGAAGACCACCAGGAAGAGCCCUGCGCCGGCGGCGAAGGCGGCAACGGCGAGAGCCAAGCCGGCGCCGCCGCCGGAGACGAAUCUCCACCAGGGCUCCAGAAGGUCGUCCAUAUUCGCCAGCCGGGUCAGCCCCGCCGAGUUCCUCGGCCGCUCCCGGAGCAGCGGCGGCGGCAGCGUCGCCUCCACCGCCGAGCAGCUCGCCCCCCUGCGGCGGAGGCCCGGGGAGGACCCGACGAAGAAGAAGGAACGGGCGGCGGCGGCGGCGGCGGCGGAGUUGCAGAGGAAGCUCGACGAGGGGGAGAGCCUCGUGAGGGAGCUGCGGUCGGAGGUCUCGGCGCUGAAGGCCCAGCUGGAGAACCUCCUGUUGGUCAACGCGGAGCUCGAGUUGCAGAAGAAGCAGCUCGCCGAGGACCUCUCCGCUGCCCAUCUGAAGAUAUCAUACCCCGCCGGAGCCGACGAGCAGAAGGUAGCCCGGGGAAAGUCAAACCUCUUCUUCUUCUUCCCCAAAUUCGGUUCAUCCCUCCACCUAAUGAUGCUUCACGAAUGCAGAGAUCAGAGCAGUCUCCCGCCGGCGAACCAGAACCAAAGUCGUCGCCGCCGCCGCCUCCUCCUCCCCCGCCGCCGCCCCCGUCUUCGCUUCCCCGGCUUUCCCCAAUCCGGCAAGGGCCCACUCCCAAAUCCGAAAACAUGCGGAAAUCAGCGUCCUUGGUCGAAUUCUACCACUCACUGGCCAGGCACAGCCGGGACGGCGGUGGCGGCGGCGGCGGCAGCGGUCGCUCCGCCGAUGCUCGUGUCAGCAUCGUCGGAGAGCUUCAGAACCGGUCGGCCCACCUUCUAGCCGUAAGCAUCAACCCCUACCCCCGCUCUCUCUCUCCCUCGGCGUUGACUUAUGGUGGCGGCGACGGCGGCGGCGGCGAGAAUCAGCUGGUUGGUUGGUGCUUUUCUUCUGCAGAUCAGGUCGGACGUGGAGAAGAAAGGCGGCUUCGUACGGGUCCUGAUCGAGAGGGUCCGAUCCGCCGCUUACAAGGACAUGGACGAGGUCGUCGCCUUCGUUGACUGGCUCGACGGCGAGCUCUCCACGCUGGUCGGCCUCCAAGAUCCCUCCUUUAUUCCAUUUUUGAACCUUCCAGAAAGAAAGGAAGAAGGAAAGCAAGCUGUAAAUGCGUCGUUGUUGCAGGCAGAUGAGAGGGCGGUGCUGAAGCACUUCGACUGGCCGGAGAAGAAGGCGGACGCCCUGAGGGAGGCCGCCGUGGAGUAUCAGGACCUGAAGCGGAUGGAGAUGGAGAUUGACUCCUUUGAGGACGACCCAGCCCUGCCAUGCGAGGCCGCGUUGAAGAAGAUGGCCCUCCUGCUCGACAAGUAAGCUCCCUCUUCUUCUUCUUCUUCUUCUUCUUCUUCUUCUUCUUCUUCUUCUUCUUCUUCUUCCUCCUCCUCAUCAACUUGCCCCCAUCGAUCCAACGAAGGUUGGAACGGCAGAUCCUGAGAUCCGCCCAACUGCGGGACGCCGCCAUGAGAUCUUAUCGGGAGCUGAAGAUCCCCACCGAUUGGAUGCUCGAUUCCGGCGUCGUCAAGAAGGUGCCCAUCUCCUCAUCCUCUCUCCGACAGAAGAGUUCUUCCAAGAUCCUCGGUGGCAAAAGUCAACGUUUUAAACUUUGCUGAUGAUGAUGAUUCGAGCAGCUGAAGCUGCUGGCAUCGACGAAGCUGGCGAGCGCGUACGUGAAGAGGGUGAAGCUCGAGUCAACGCAGCACCCGGAAAGAGAGCAAUCGCAGGAGGCGCUCCUCCUCCGGGGCCUCGGUUUUGCCUUCCGGGUCCACCAGGUAAUCAAAACCUGGGCCCGAGCCCCGUAUUUUUCCGGGCCGUAUUAGGCCCGGUUCGAUUUUUUUCCUGUCGAGAGAGCGGGCGGUUCUGAUCUUCUCAUCUGGAUCGAUGGCAGGUGGCAGGCGGUCUGGAUCCUGCCACGAUGGCCGCUUUCGAGGAGCUGCGGCGGCAGUUUCGGGCUGAGCCUCCGGAGGCCAUCGGCCCUCUGAGCCCGAAACCAACCCAGGUCACGUGA